GAUACAAAAUUACUCUCUUUGGUUUCUCUUUAAUAUUUUAUUGCUAUAUUGAGUAAAGUUAUUAUACAUUUAUUGUACAUGCUGCUUUUUAUGUGUUUCUUCGGUACGCACAUUUAAUCAGCAAAAUGCUUUUUAUCGAAUAGUGAAAUAGAGAUGAAUAUUGAAGUUAGUUUAGGAACAGGAUUGCGAUAAAUAAAAAUAUAUUUCGCGAGCUGGUACCAUUGGUGUCAUUUUGGUACCAUGAUAUCAACUUGAUAUAGUAUGAUACAAUUUGCUGGAUUUUGCCGGUAGUGCCGCUGAUCGGUAGGCCUCUCACGCAUAGAAUGGUUGGCGCGAGACUGAUUCGGUCCACCAAACGAUCUCGUUGGUACAGCGGCAUCGCUGGACCGACGCAUGCGUGGGCGUCAGUUCCCAUGGAAACCGGGGAACGCGAGGCACCGCGUGUGAAUGCGUAUUGAUUACUCUGCUCUCGCUCCGUUCCGCGAUCUCUCGUAUCUUCUCCGGACCACCCCGGCCCCGUUCUUCUCUCUCUUUCUGCAUCCCGCGUCCCGUUACCCCUCGGGAGCAUCCUACGUCCUAGCGAGUGGCGGCUAUCCCUCCCCUCCUCCUCUUUUCUUUAAAUUAGGCCCCUAAUGUCCCGUCCCCAGCAUCCUCCGAACGGAAUCGGGUUCUCUCUUUCAUUGUAGCCUGCCGGCCCUCGCGGGGGUUUUCUUGCUUAAAUUAAUGCCCGAGUCUCGUUCCGCUUUCUGCGGUUGAUCGAAUGCGCGCACUCGACACAAUCGCCGAUAUACACGCACUUUUCCUUCAUGCUCGAACGACUAUAGAGGGUCGAGGAAACGCCUCUUUCUGUUUUAAACUUUGGAUGCUUCUUGCGAUUAAAAUUUAUUAUAAGACUACAUUUAGUUAACUGCAAGAUAACUGAUUAGCGAUAGUCAAUCUGUUGUAACGGUAGUUAUAAAUGUUGAAGAGAUGACGUGAGAACAACAGCUGCUGUACUAUCGUCGUUUUACAAGGAUAUCUUCGACAUUCCGAUCCGAGGUCUUUUCUCGCCGUUGCAAAUUUUGUAGCAAGAUAAGUAUAACAAAAGGAUUGAAACAACGUGAAUACGGUACAUUCGCAUAAUUUCGGUUGUUGGUUACACUAAGCGACUACCACAGUGGAACAAAUUGUCCUGUUCGCAUUUCGUAACGGCGGAGUUAAACUGUUAGAGAAACGAAACACAGGGGGAAAUUGGCAAUCGAUUCGGCUAUAAAUAUUUCAAAUCUAGCUAUUACAUCGUUAUUGCCUCAUUUUCGAAUUUAUUUCUCGUGGGUCAUAUUUCUUAUUCUAUCAGAAAUGUAUUUGUCUCGCUCUUUUGCAAACUAUAUCAAGUAUGUUAAAAGAAGCUGAGAUUGCACAUUGAAUUUUCACCGACAGAGAGAGACAAGUAGGAUUUCGUGAUGCGGAAAGGGCGAAGACCGUAGCGGGAACAUAAAGGGAAAGUGGAAAAAAAAACAGAGAAAAAUUAUUCGAGUCUUAUAGCAUAUUUCCGCGAAAAUCGAAUUAAUUGGCUGUUAAUUAUAGGAGGGAAAGUUGAGCGGAUUGGAUGGGUUUCCUAAAAGGUCAAGACGAAACGCAAGGUGUUAGCUCACGGCGCGAGGUCGAUGGGGGCCUAUUGGUGAAAUCUCGCUUCGCGGACCUGCCGAAUUUCGCAAGAAAUGACGAAAACAAUGGGACAAUGGGAAAUCUUAAUUAAUGUGCUGGCGUGACGAUCGUUGACUCACUCGCGACACUUUUAUUUUCGCUAGCGCUCCUCUGCCACGCUUGACGUUUGGUCACACUUUAUAGCUUCAGGGACGCAGGAAAGUUUCAAGUUCGUCCCUGAGGGGUGACUAUGCGACAGCAUCCCAUGCAUGACCGCUAUAUAAAUAGGUGAAACUUGAGAAAUUAGAGAGCCACUUCUGUGUCAUCUCUACGUUAGAACGAGCGCUCGUCAACGUACUUCUUGCAACGAACUUCUUGAACUACUUGUACAGUGCUCGAUACUCAAUACCCGGAACGUUCCGAGUUCGAGCGACAAGUGGAAUAGUCACGAUGAUGACGCACGUUCUGACUCUCUCUGUCAUCCUCAGUGUUUGUUGCGUGCUUGCGGAGAAAAGUGAAUACGUGACGACGUCGACGACGACCGAGCAAUCGAAGGGACUCUCCAAUACGGAAGACCGAUUCCUGGUGAACGUCAUUCGCGAUAAAAACUCGUCGGAGCUUGUCCUUGACAGCGUCGAUGGGGAAGAGACGAAGAAAACGGACAAGAAACCGAGGACCGUCUUACAUCGCGACUCGAGUCUUGAGAGAGGUUCCAGCUGUUGCGGCUCUAAACACUCUAAUUCCGGCGGAUUGUUACGACCGGAUUAUAAUUACAACAAGAUCCCUGUGGAGAACGGACGGUAUCCGUCCCAAUACAACGAGCGACAUCCCAUUGACAGAUUCGGAUGGCAGACCCAAGGUCGACCGCCUGGUUCCAUCGCAAGCGGCGGUAGGCCUGGUGGAGGAAGCGGAAGCGGGGUCUACGCAGGAAGUCAGUUGGGAGACAGGUACGGACCACGUCCGGUGCACGCAAGCGAAACUGCUAAUAGACCCAGCGCUCUUGGAUAUGGCGGUUAUGGCGUUAGUGGUUACGGAAGUUACGGCAGACCGACUGGACAUGGAGGCUACGGGGUUUCGGGAACAUUGGCGGAUGGUGAUGAGUUCGCCGGCGCCGGUAACGGCGGCGAACAGACUUUUCCGGACGCGACCGUGCAGGGAAAUAUUCACGCGCAAAAGGCUAUAGCGCUAAAGGCUCUAGCGGGUGUCGCGUUGAUCGGGGCGGCAGCGGCGUUAGCUUCAAACCCGGUUCUCUUGCCGAUCGGUAUCGUGACCGGUAGGAAGAAGAGGUCGGAGACUUUCUCGGAAGAAGAGGAGACCGACUUCCAAAUGGAUUACAUUUUGUACAUGUUGAAAGAAAAUUUAGCUAAGAUACGAAGAGAGGGUUCAAGCGACAGACUGAUCGUUUCUCCGAGAUGCGUCGCCAGAUUGACUUGCGAAAUCCAAAAGGAUUACUUGUCCGAUCUUAAUAAAAAGGACGUCGAGAUCUUGAGCAAUCGGAAAUAUCACCUCACCAAUCUAAUACAAAACAACGUACUCAGUACCAGUACUGUGAGCUCAGACGUGAAGGAUCUGAUCAAGCUGGCUGUCGACGUGGCGUCAGGAAACGAAAGCUGCAAUGUGUUUACCUGUAAUUACAUAAGAAAAAUUUAAGCAAGACUUCCUGUAAUCACACGUUCAAUUAUUAUCACUCGUCCAAUCGUUUGACAAAGGAGGAUGCAUACACGCACGAAAAAAUAAUAAUAAAAUCUCUUCGUAUGAUCAUA